CUUUCCUUCCUUUCUCUCCUGUUCCUCCAUUUCCCCCUAUCCUUUUCAUGCUCGUUUCUCGGAUCUUGUCGGCUGCCUCUCUUCCCGCAAUAUCAUCAUGACAGCCCUGCCACCCCUCUCGUCGGUCAUCCCGCCACUUAUCCUGGGCACAGCGACGUUCAACAUCCAGUACCACCCCAAUCCCGACUUCAACAACCUCUCGCUGCCUGUGCUCCGCGCAGCUUUCGCCGCCAACAUAACUGCCAUCGACACAUCACCCUACUAUGGUCCCUCGGAGCUCCUCGUGGGCGCUGCCUUGUCAGCUCUUGCGCCACCCCGCGACUCGCUCUUCCUCAUCACCAAGGCCGGCCGCGUCGGUCCCUCGGCGUUCGACUACUCGCCAGCUCACAUUCGCCAUUCAGUCCACCGCUCGCUGGCGCGCCUGCACACGCCGUACCUCGACCUCGUGCACUGCCACGACGUCGAGUUUGUCUCGCCCGCUGAGGUCCUCGCCGCCGUCCGCGAGCUUCGCGCCCUGCGCAGCCAGGGCCUCCUUCGCUACGUAGGCAUCUCCGGUUACCCGCCCGCCGUCCUCGCCGCGCUCGCCGAGAUGAUCCUUGCGCGAGACGGGCGAGCCCCUCGACGCCGUCCAAACGUUUUGUUGGCGAUUGACGCGGGCGAGCGACCGGCACCCGCGGUCCGCACAGCAGAGGAGGCCGCCGCCGUGGCGCUCGACGAGAGAUUCCGAAAGCUUGUCGAGGAGAGCAUGUGGCCUGCGCUGGGCGGAUGGCGCAACUAUAGUUGGGAGAGCCCACAAGCCGACUUUGUCAACACACGGUCCGAAUUUGGUGUGCUACCGACGGAUCUGGAUUCCGCACCUUGCGUAGCGACUGGCGAUGACUCAAAUCUGCUGGUUGAGGCUCAACGUGACCUCGUCUCCACUGAAAGCGUUGCGCCGGUUCUCACUGGCGCCGCGUAA